GACGUCAAAGACCCCGCCCCCAAGAAACCGGAAACCGGAAGUUUGGAUCCUCUUGACCAAAACAAAAACAAUUCUCUCUGAGGUUCGUUUGUUCGUCCUGAGGGGGCUUCAAUUAUGUCCUCGGUGCCCAGCGGGUUCGGGAGUAAGAACUGCCUUCUUGUUCCGGACAUAGAACCGAGCCUCGCGGCGUUUUGUGCUCCGUGUUUCACAUUUUUCGUCUGUUAGCUUAGUCGCGCCAUGGCGUCCUCCGCGGGACUGCCCCCGCGCGGGCCGGAUCGAGCCCCGUCCUGUGCCGAAGCUAAGCCGCCUCUGCCGCGGCCGCACGCCUCGCCGGCGCCCUGCCCCCCGGGGGGAGUGAUGGUGGAGUCCGUGGACGACGCGGAGGGUCUGUUCGUGGCCGUGGAGCGGUGUCCUCUGUGCGCCACGUCCCGCCGCAGGCUCACGUGCGCGCGCUGCGUGCAGGCCGGAGACUUUGUUUACUUCGACGGGAGAAACACUGAAAGAUACUCAGAGAAGCUGGAGCGCCUGACAGAGCUGAGGCAGGAGAAGGAGGAGCAGCAGCGGAGUGUCCUCCGGGUGAUGGACGGGAGGCUGCAGGCUGAUGAGGUGAAAUGGAAGAUCAUGUUGUGCAAGAUCAAGAUUGAGCAGCUGAAGGAAGCGGUCGCCUGGGGCAACGAGGAGGUGAAGAACGAUAAGGAGCUCCUCCUGCGCUCCCAGGAGGAGGCCCAGCGGCUGCAGCGCCGGGCCGUACGCCACCAGGAGAAAAGGGAUAAAAUCGAGCGGCACAACCGGCGCCUUGGGGAACUGCUGGAGCGACGCGCCCGAGAGCUGCAGAACAAGCUGAGCCAGCUGGCCGCUCUCCGGCGCGAGCACACCCUGGAGCUCACGACCCGCAUCUUCCCCAUGCAGGAGGAGAAGCAGGGCAGCAGAGACCCCGCAGACGUGACGGCCGACUCGGACCCGGCGCUCACCUCCAGCACCGUGACGGAGCUGGCCGAGGCCCGCAGGACCACCUACCUGUCCGGCCGCUGGAUUUGGGACGACCAGAACGGAGAGACGAGCAUCAGCAUCACGGGCCCCCCCGUUACCUUACCUAGCAACGGAGACUGCUCCGCCUACUACAGCUGGGUGGAGGAGAAGAGCACCAACCAGGGGCCAGAGCUGGACCACAUAAACCCCGCCCACACCAUCAGCGCCGCUCUGUGCUACGCCACGCAGCUCGUCAGCAUCCUCUCACACAUCCUCGACGUCAACCUGCCCAAGAGGCUCUGCAACAGCGAGUUCUGUGGGGAGAACCUCAGCCGGUACCGCUUCACCAGAUCCCUGAACAAACUCAACACCAACAUCCUUCACCUUUGCUUCUCUCAGCACGUGGACAGCGAUAAGCUCCACCCACAUCACACCCUUAGGAACAUCAUGUUUCUGGUGGACCCGGACAACGACAGCCUGGGCAGGACCGGCCCGUUUGAAGUGAGCGCAGACCUGGAGGAGUCGAUGGAGUUUGUGGAGCCGGAGGCGGCUGGUUCGGCAGAGGAGAGCGGGGACGAGGCGGUGACCGACGAGGAGACGGACCUGGGUACCGACUGGGAGACCGUGCCCAGUCCGCGGUUCUGCGACAUCCCAUCCCAGUCGAUGGAUCUUUCCCAGAGUGCACUGCAGGUUUCUCAGCCCUCCGCUAACACCGGUGGGAUGAUCUCAUCUGCUGCUGCCUCCGUCACCUCCUGGUUCAGGGCGUACACCGGCCAGCGCUGAUCCGGCCGGAGGGCGGGCGGGGGGUCAGAGGUCACCGACUUGGAUGGUCUUGUCUGCUGCUUGGAUCUCUGGUUCUGCAGAGGCUCUGUUAAAAAAAAAAAACCUAAGCAGUGUGUAAAGCUGACAGCAUCGCUGAGAUGCUCUUUUUAUUGUAAGACAGAAACAGGGAGGGUUGCCAUGACGACGGCAGACCGCCCCCUCACAAACUGAAUUCCAGCUGCUCUGGUCCAGAUCCUGGUGUUUUGUCUCCUAACCACCAGAACUUUGAACCGCUCGCGUCAGAGCGGUCCGGGAGCUCAGCGGAAACUGUGCGCUGGUACCAGAACCAGUUUUGGGUUUGGAACAGAUGCGAGAAAACGUGAGGCCCACUGCUCGGCGUUCUUCUCAUCGUCCCGAAGACUUUUCCUGAGACUCGAAAUGGUUGGACCAGUCCUGAUCUGACCCCCCCUCAACGUUUUACACAUUUUAAAAUGUUCAAACUCGAUGAGAAAUUAAGGUUUAGCUUUUAUAAUAAACUGAGAUUCUGUGAAGAAUCUGUGAAAGGGAGACCUCGAACUCAGCAGGUUUCAUUUUUCUGUGCUGCUCCAAGUUUCAGCUUCUCCCCCCAGUUGUUGUAUAAAUCUCUGUCAAGUGAGCUUAGUUGGUUUGAUUUCUGCUUCAUUUUUUCAUUAAACUAAACUUUUGGGCUCCUGAA